AUGCCUCGCCUUCCCGACCGAAUUGGGGCCAAGACCCAGAAGAUCCUAAGGAGCCUCUCUAUCGAGAGGCAGGACUUCGGUCGUCAUUGGGACGAGAUCCAAACCAACCGGAACCUCGGCCGACUUUCCGAUGUUGACUUCGACAAGCUGUGUAUGCUUGUAGCGAUUGCCAAGCAGUGCGGUGUGCCAGCCGACGAAUUUUCGCGACGAGAACUGCACAAGGCCUAUAAAUGGUCCAGCGCGAGGCGAUCCACCGAGCGCAAGAUGCGCAAGCUUUGCGCGAAGGUCCAUGACCGAAUAGAGCAACCGCGAGCCACCAUUCCCAAGACGAGGGGGAACCUCAAGAUCGGGCCCGUCGGCCUGACAACACCGCAGGCGAACCUGCCGGUCAACAGGCUGAUCAGUCUGCAAACAUCGAAAACGAUGUCAAUCACUGGCAUCCUCCAAUGGUCUACCCUGUAG